AAAAUGUUUUAUAGGCUUCUUCAUUGAUCGUAUGUUAAUGGAUUCAUAAUGAUUCAUUAAUAUGAUGAUAUGAUGUAACUGUGUUAUAAUUGAAUAUUAGAGAAUCAUUAAAGACAUUUAUCACCCAGAUAGAUCAGUUCUAUCAUCAUGACAUCAAUAAUUACAAUUCUGAUAAUAGAAUUGAUUGAAUGUGUGUUUGGAAUUAAUUAUGUUGAUGUCAAGAAUUAUAAUAUAUCUCUUGGAGUUAAUGUGUUUCAUGGGAGAUUUGACAAAGAUUGCAAAUAUUUUAUGUUUGUUGGUGAUUUGGAACCCAUUACUCAAUUAAGAUUCGGAAAUGAAUUGAUAUUUCCAAAUGAUACAGGUUCAAAUAAUUAUAACCUAUUUGUUGAAAUGUUCAUAAAAAAUAACAUUAAGCUGGUAUCAUUUUAUGUCCACACAUUUCAUAAAGGAUUAUUGAAAGAAGUAAAAAGAAAGGUCAUCAGCAUAUCUUGUGACACAUACAGUUAUAUAGGACCAAGACCAAAACAUCCAUUUAUAAACAGGAUGAUUUCUGAACAUGAUAAUUCUUGUGUCGAAACAUACUAUAUUUAUGGUUAUUACAAAGAUUUUACAUUAGAUGGUAAAUCAGGUCCAAGAUAUAGUUUUGGAUAUGUUUAUGAUUCGGGACAUCCUGUUGUUGUAGGUUAUACAAAGUAUCCGUACAUAAUUGACGAAUGUGAAACAUUUUAUCUUCGAAAACGAAUUUUUACUUAUAACCAUCCAACUCAAUUAAUUUCUGAACCUUUCAUGACUGAGUUUAGAAUAAGCAAUAAAUAUAAAUAUGAAUUAAGAUCAAUAUUAGGUAUCAAAUAUUGGUUUUUAAAACAAUACAAUGACGAACUAUUAUUAAAUCAAGCUUAUAGGAAUUCAAUAAAAUUUUACAAAAUAUAUGUAAAUCAUGCUGGAAUUCCACUUGUUACAUUGGACAUAUCUGAGCUUGUUACUCCUAAAAUAUUUGGAUUAGAAAAAGUUACAGGAUCGAUGGCUAAUAAUUGGACUUAUAAAUUAUACAAGUUGAAGAAAGAAUACGAAAGUGAUUGUAUAAUAAGAAUGGUUAUUGAUUCAAGAAUUGAUAAUAGAAACAGGGUAGUUUUUUUUCAAAGACAUGGUAAUACUAGUUAUGAUAUUGAAGUAUACGAAAAUAAUGAACAAAAAUACAUAUUUGAUUAUUAUAGACCGAAGACGGAGGAUUCAAUGAUAAAAAAAUUGAAAAUAUACACCAAAAAAGAUAAGCAGAACAAAUUCAAAAAAAUAAAAAAUAAAGAACAUAAAAAUACAGUUAAAAUGAUGAAAAAGUGCCAUCCGAUAAAACUAGAUGUUACAGUAGAUGAAGAACAACCAUCUUUAUUCAAGAAGAAGGAAAUAUCAAACAAAGAAUUGACAAUACAUCAUUUUUCAAUCAAUGAAACUAAUGAUUUCGGAGAAUCCAUAUUGAAUAAAUAUGUGUUUGGGCGAGUUUUUAGAACGACUAGUUUUGAAUUAGGUAACAUACCACAGGAACCUUUUAGAAAACACAGGGUGAUGAUUGUUGGAGACAUAAAUACGAAUAAAUUUAUAGUAAGGAACAAAUCUACACUUGAUAAUUUGAACACACCACAAUAUCAGUUGUUCCGACUAAGAAUAUAAUAAUAAUAAUUACACACUAAUAAUAUUUGUUA